CAGACGGUUCCUUUGUUCUCCGUUCGUUCGUUAUGUAAGUCGUACACUAUGGAUAUUGCAGAAGAAGGUUCACCCAAAUAUUGGAUCGUAAAGUUUCCAGAAGAACAAAAUUCUAUUGCCAUCGUACAUGCUACCUGGAUGCAGAAUGGCAAAUGUGCUUGGCCUAAUGAGAAGGACCCAAGACGCCUGCAGCAAAUAACUAUGAAAGGCCUGAAGCCACAGAGCAGCUGGUUGACGUAUGACUGCACUCGGGUUUUUGCUUUUGACACAUAUGAUGCCGCAAGAAGAAAGCUGGCACAAGCAGAGGAUACGUCAGACCUGUGUAGCGAGAACGAAUUAGGUAGAGGGAAAAGAAAGAAAAAGCGCAAAGUACAGAGUGAAGAGGAGGUAGAAGACAACCAAUUGCCUGCAUUUUACCCAGAUGAACUGAGCAACAGCUCUGGGGAUGAAGUCUGUACGCCAACACCACGUUCACUUCCAACGCCACCACAGAGACCACCAACACCACCUCGCUCUGCAUUCUUUGCUACAAGCUCCAAAGGACCUGCGCAUGGAAGUGGGAAUUUCAGCGGACACACUGCGACCCCUGGCAGCACCUACGGCAAUGACGGUGCAUUUCCGUCACAGAGUACAAGUCUUCAGAUGCACGGUAUGUAUCCACAGAUGGGCCCAAGUGCUACAAAGGUGACAACAAACCACCAGUAUGUCCCACGUCAGGGAAGGUUGUACCAGGAUUUGCAAGAGCGGCGACAUCGCAGAUGUGAAGUAGCACAGCAACAGCCCGCAUCACGAAAUGUGCACCCAUCCUCCGCUGCUUGCAGUUUUUCACAUCAGAGUUUUGCAGCACAUGAAAUCCAUCAAGUAGAGCCCUUAGUGCAAGUACGACAGCUGGCUGAAACUCCUCAGUCAGGCAAUCAUUAUGGUGAAACACAACAUAUGCCACAGCUGUCACCUGCAGAAAUAAGGCACCCACCUUCUAACGAUGAAUUGCUACACCAGAGUUUUGCUAGCCGACAAGACGCUUCCAGUGCAGUCCAAGAGCAAACACCUGUCCGCAGAACUAGCCAUGGAAGUGAUGGAACUCAUUAUGGAUUCUAUCAAGAAAUAUUAAAGCUCCUACACACGAAGAGGCUUACGUUGCAGUCGCACACUGAGCACCUGCUGAUGGUCCUUGAGAAGCUUAGUAGCAGGACUGAUACCACUGAAAUGGUGCAACCUGACAUCAUUGACGAGCCUUUCAAAACAACGGAAGCGUUCUUACGUUUUGAGGAGGAACUGAAAGAAAGCUCUGAGAAGAGGAAUCGGCUAAAACUAUUCAUGAAGUUUGUCGGUGGUGCCACUGUGGGGGAGCGUACGUUUAGAAUUUUGUCACGACUGCUGUCCCCUGCCGUCGGUAAGGAGUUCAGCCUUCAUGGAACAAAAGGAAAGCUGAAGUUCAGUGACCUACAAACCUGGAGGGUGUUGUGCUAUUCCUUGGCACCUGAAGACCAAGCAAAGGUUUCAAGCAAGGGAACCCUUAAAGAAAUCGAGAAGGCUACACAAUCAUGGCUGCGUCAUGCACCAGAGUCUCACAGAAGGCAGCAGGCAAGACAAGCUGCGGAAAACGCAGAUAGCUUGUGAUACCAUAACCUAAGAACUUUUUUGCAAACUGAAAACAUUUUUUUCGUCAUGCAUCAUUUGAAGCCCCUUGUGAUACUGCGAGUUCUAACUGUGGCGAAAACUGUUUCAAAUGUUGUUUUCGACCCUACAUGAUCUGUGAUACUUUGUGAUACCUUGUGCUGCUAAGACUGCAUAUUAAUCUUCCUGUUGUUUUUCUGUCGCGCAUUACCCUUGACGUUUUGUUACUGUGUGCAAAAUACUAUGACACCAAC